GAAUAGUGGUGUGACCUCAAUGCCACCAGUGAUAAGGCUUUGUAUGGACGUGGUGGGCGUUGGGGAGGCGAUUCGAAGCGGUUGGCUCCCAUCAGCCGCGAUCCGUGUCCGGUCUGGUAGAACGGACUGCCUGGAUAGGGACUUAAGAAGUAAUGUACAACAGUCCUCGCUGACUCCCGAAGAACGCCGCUGAUUCUGACUUCUGCAUCUUCUAACAGAUUGCAAAUGGAUGGCAAUACAUGGCCUCUCGAGACCGUGCUGUAGGACAAGUAGAAGGGUAGUGUGGUAAGUAGUGUGAAGAAACUUUCAUUGAGGAGUAACCGCCAGCAGUGGUUCUGACAGGUUGUCAUAUCAAACAAGCUGGAUCAUCAUCUCUUCGGUCGCGCUGUGACUCAAUGAGAAUAAUGCACAUGUCCGUAUUUCUCGCCGUACAGGUACGGUGUUCGUUUGCCGACCCGUGGUGCUACCCGAGAACAACCCCCCCCCCAGAAGUCUGCAUGUAUUCCUCUACUAAAACUGGUGAUUCAGGGGAGAGAGGGGAUGGGGGGUUCCCAGGCGGCCGCGGUGCUCCGACAGUGACGGUGACGGUACAAUGUACAAGCUUGUUUCUGGCUCUGGAUCAGCGGCAUGUAACACAGUGCCAAGAUUGUGUAAUAAGAACUGGAGUGAGGAGGUCACAGUCGUUAAGAAAAUAAGGUUCAUUGCUUCGGGUCUUGCGUCGGUGGAGAAUAAUCAGGCCUCUAAGUUCGUGAUUAGACCUGCCUAAUCGAGGUGUAGGGUGUUCGUGCCAUGCAUUGCAACGUUCGCCUCCCCCUUCCAUGUAUUUAUCUGCGCAUCCCCUUUAAAAUGAGACACGCAUCUAUUCCCGUGUGUAUCUCCUUGACUUCCAUCUUUCUCCCUAGUCUCACAGACGACUGUCCAUGUUCACGUCUAG